AAGAAAAUUUUCAAUAUUAUUCGUCUCAAAAUAAAUGAUAACUUGGAGAAUCGUACGGCAUCUUAAAUUAAAUGAUGAAUAAGAGAAUUAUACCCAGUGUCUGUCUCAGUUUCUGUAAAAAUGGGGCUAAAACAUGGUUGUAGAAAAGUAUCGCAUUGUCAGAGAAGAGUAAUCAACGGCAAUGAAGUUUCGGAAGAUAAAACGUAUGUGGUAUACUUAGUAAAAGCACCAUUUUCACAGAAAAUCUAUGACUCAUGGCUCUGUGGUGGAGCGCUGGUGUCCAAAGAAUUCAUUUUAACAUCAGCUGCUUGCGUAGAAGACGUAGACUACUUGUAUGCGAUCGCAGGAUACAGAAAAUAUAUUAAGGACAAGUUUAUUGAAUACGAUGAUUGUACUAAGACUAUGAAGAAGAAAGUUAUUUACACUUGCGUGCCGGUAGCCUACGAAUUUUCCUACGAUGAAAUUGAAAAGUGGUCGUACAUAGACAUUGCAUUGGUAAAAGUGGAAUCACCGUACAAUUUGUUCGACGCCAGAUUUCAGAUAAUGUGCUCGUAUAUACCCUCUAUAAUACGCAUCAACUUCGACCCUAAACAUCAAGUGCCUGGCACAGAAGCUAUGGUGCUUGGGUGGGGGCACACAGAAAUGUGGCGAGAGCAUGGUGACAAAGUCAACUAUAACCAAGAAAUACUCCAUUAUUCAGCAACACUGCUAAUGGAUAAACAGCUUUGCAAAGAUCACUAUAAGGACUAUCCAGAAAUGCUCAAAACAAUUGACACGUAUAUGCUAUGUUCAUUGGACGCUGGUCACAUGAACGAUAAGGGAGAAAUAAUAUCAAGUAAUCAUACAUUGGUUGAUGGCUGCGUUACACAACAAGAGAAAUUGAUGGGUGAAACAGGUGAUAUGUGUCCAAUGGAACCAUAUCAGGAACCAAUUCUCGUAGACUAUGUCAACUAUCCUAGAGAUGAAACUCGCAAACGGAUGAAUGCAAAUGAUACGAUUGACAAUGAAGAUUCAAAGAACUCAACUGAAAGUCUUACUGGUGAAAACACACAGAAUUUCAAUUUUAAUGAAACAUUUAUAAACGAAAACAUGGAAUACAGAAUUAGUCGGAGAAAUGGAAUAUGUCAGAAUGACCACGGUGGUCCACUCAUAGGCUGGAUCGGCAAACGAGAGGUCGUGAUUGGUAUUGCCUCAGUAUUCAAAAUUGAUGAAGAAAACAGAUGUAUUGGACCGUAUUUGUACACAAGUACAGUGUGUAAUAGUGCUUUUAUACAUUGUACCUUAAAUGAAGAGCCUCCAAAGGUUCCAAUUCCUAAAAAUAAUAACACUAAUGAUAGGAGAGCAUUUUGCGACAGUCCUCCAAGCGUGAGGGGAUAUGAUACAAUUGAGAGAUUCGUUUCAUGGAAAGAUCAUCCCUCUGGACCAGCAGACAAUGAAAAGGCGCUACGUUCUAAGCCAGAAAGAAAGGAAGAUAAGUUUGCAACACGUGUUGAAUCGGACAAAGAUUCAAAUGAGAAUAAUCCUUUACGUGACAGAAACACGCAACAAGUCAGCUUUCCAAAAGAUCUUAGUGGAAAAUAUAGAGCUCAAGCUAACUUUUUAGCGCUAAUGAAACUAAAGAAAAAGCCUUCAGAAAUGAAAACGGCGUCUUCAGAUGAAAAGGAAAAUGAAGAACCUUUAAAUCCCUCAUCAGAAGAGGUUGUUUCUACUACGGGUCCCUCACAAACAAUGAAUAAUCCUUUGGGUCCUCUACAGCAAAUGAGACCUGACAUAGGGCCCGCACCACAAGUAGUAGGACUUUCACAGCCAAACAUGGGAUUUGCAUUUUCACCGCAGAUAGUAGCACCACAUAAAAUAAGACAAAAUCCGUGGCAGCCACAAAGCUUGGACCCCUCAAAAAAUCUAGGAUAUUCACCGAACUUCGGGUCUCCACUAAAUUUAGGGCCUCCACCAAAUAGUGGGCCAUCACAAAAUUUGGGGUAUCCACAAAACCAGAGACCGUUACAAAAUCUAGGGUCCCAACAAAACCUGGGGCCUCCACAAAACCUUAGACCUCUACAAAACCUAGGGUCUCCACAACAUCUGAAUCCUUCACACAACUUAGGGCCUCUACAAUACCAGGGACCUCCUUACAACCAGGGACUUACACAAAACCUGGGUCCUCCACAAAACUUAGGAACAUUACAAAACCUGGGUCCGCCACAUAACCUGGGUCCUCCACAAAAUCUGGGGCCACCACAAAACCUAGGGCGUCCACCAAACCAGGAGUUUCAACAAAAUUCGAUGUUCCAACAAAACAUGAGACCGCCAUUAAAUCUGGGACAAUCACCUAACCAAGGGUUUCAACAAUAUCAGGAUCGUCCAUUAAACCAGGAGUUUCAACAAAACCAAAACUUGGGACCACCACAAAACCUAAUGCCUUAUCCAAAUUUGGAAUCUCCACAGAACUUGGGGUAUCCACAAAAUCCAGGAGUCUCACUAAACUUACAACCUGCUUCAAAUUUAGGACCAAUGUCAAAUUUUAACCCUUUACCGGCACCCUCGUCUUACUUGGAACUUCAGAACAGCUUUGGUUCUCCAACGAAUGUAGGACCUUCAGCGAACAUGGGGUCUCCAUUAAAUUUCAAGACGUCAAUAAACCAGGAUCCUUCCAGUCAUUGGGUACCUAACAUGAGAAGUCCUACUCUUGAACCUCCGUCACGUACUGGUCCUUCAAGGGAGGGAUCUAAGCCAAACUCCUCACCAAACCUAGAACACAAAGUAGCUACACAAAAUGGAGAGAAAAAACAAAACCAACCGACCAGUCCAAAAAGUUCAAAUAUUUUCGUGAACUUCAAAAUGCGACCGCAAAAACCAAUUCGUAGCAAAUAA